AUGCGCCCAGAGGGAGGUGAACUGGUCGUGCUCUUCUCCUUGUUCGGCGGCCAGGGCCACAUCAUUGUCAAUGCGGAAAGCAGCGUUGGUGGCUUCGAAACGCGCAUGCAUAGCUUCCCUGCCCCCACAUGCAAUAUUUCCAGGGUGCGCGUCACAGGUCUGGACGGCUCGGAGGUGCCUUCGGAUUCCCACGUCGCCAUAUCGGAGGAGAUCGUGAAAGCCUUAAAGGAGGCCCAUGGCGAAGACUCCGUGAAUGCGGCUUCCGCAUAA